UUAAAACGUUCUCGAUUUUAAGUAGUUGAAAACACCCUAAAGCCGAACACUUUGGUAGUGAAUUAAAGAAUCGAUUUCUCUCUCUCUCAAGCAACAAUGGAUGAAGGAAGAGAAGGAGAGAUAGAGAAGAAGAAGAAGAAAGAUGAAGAAGGAGAAGUGAAGGAAGGAGUAGCAUCAAUAGCUUUGUUACCAUGUGGGACUAUCUCUGGUCAUUUCAUUCAGAUGCCUAGCUCUAUCUGUUAUGGCCUCCAUGGCACUGAACUAGCUUGUGAGACUGAGUGUAGCCGCGGUGAGGAUUAUCGGUUGAUCAAACUCACUAUCAUAGACUACAAUAGAAAGAAGGAACAAACAGUUGUAGUGGAGUGCAAAGGCCAUGAUGCUGCUCGAAUUAAUGAUGUCGAGCAUGCUCACGGGUGGGAGGAAGAUGUGAUAGGAUUAGUCGAAGAAAAACACGGGAAGAAGAAAGUAUCGGUUUCGUUCGAGUGUGAGACAUUGAAGGCAGAUGAAGCAGCAGAGGACCAUAUCAGACAGUUUAUGCCCAAAUUAGCUGGACUUGAUGCUGUUAUUAACAUUGGACCGAUGAAGAUUUCCGGGCUUGAUUUUGCUGCGGUGGAAGAGGGACACAUAAACUAAGACAGCUUAACUCUUUCUUUUUGUGUAUACAUCAUAUUUGAAUGCUCUUUGAGUCUUUGUUUCAUAUCGUAGAACACAAUUAACGCUUUAAGCUCAAAUGAUCUAGACUAGAACUCAUAGAAAA